CUUCUGCGAUUCCUGAUAAUGGAAGGAGAUCCUGUCUAAAGCUUAAGGUCUUUGUGCGACCAGCAAACAGCUGUAUGAAAACUAUAGGUGUUCAUGAUCGUGUUUUCGAUGUUAACGACAAAGUAGAAAAUUCAUUAGAACCAGCAGAUGACACCAUACAUGAGUCAGCCGAGCGAUCCCGUGGCGAGAACGCGGCACAGACACCGAGGAUACCCAGCCGGCUCUUGGCAACUCUCUUGUUCCUCCUGGCAAUGCUUUUGAUAUUAUAGCACAGUAUGCGCCAGCAACCUGCCACAGAAAAUACCAGGGUCUUGGAACAUCAAAGAUCCACCUAACUGCUCAUCCCGAGAAAGGGACUUUGUGUUUUGCGGAUGUCAAAUUGUUACUUUUUUCUUUUUCCUUUUUUUUUUUCCCUUUCAGCUUGAACUCUGAGCAAGAAUUCUAGGGGAUAACUAGUUUAAGCACCCAUCCCUACCCUGUGACUUUCUUAACCCCUCCCAACAAAUAAAAGGACUCCACAUGAAAAUGCCAAAUUAUAAUAGUGACACUAGUGAUUCUGAUUUUCCUCUGCAUUCUCCUUUAAGAAGCCACCUCUGUAGGCUCACUGUGUUGUCUCUAUGUGGACAAGGAAGAAUAGUGGCAGAUGCAGUCAGUGAAGGCUAAGGAAAUUCCGUGAAAGCCUGAGAGGGACUUGCUCUCCGAUACAAUAUUUAUGCCUUCUCAUUCAGCACUGUAAGAUGAUCAUGCAAGGCAUCGUGUCACCAUGUCAGGACUGGAGGGGAGAUAUUAACA